AGCAGAAUGGCCUUCAGCGGCAAGUACGAGAUCGAGAGUGAGAAGAAUUAUGACGAGUUCAUGAAGCGUCUUGGGCUCCCCAGCGAUGUUAUCGAAAAGGGCCGAAACUUCAAGAUUGUCACGGAGGUGCAGCAGGACGGGCAGAAUUUCAUCUGGUCCCAGCACUACCCGAGCGGCCACUCCAUGACCAACAAGUUCACCAUCGGCAAAGAAUGUGACAUGGAGACUGUGGGGGGCAAGAAGUUCAAGGCCACCGUGCAGAUGGAGGGUGGGAAGAUAGUGGCAGACUUCCCUAACUAUCACCAGACCUCGGAGAUCGUGGGUGACAAGCUGGUGGAGAUCUCCACCAUCGGAGGCGUAACCUAUGAGCGUGUGAGCAAGAGGCUGGCCUGA